AUGACUAGACUUUCAGUAACUGUCAUUCCUGUGGCCGACCAUGGCCAGGAACCCGAAGUUACAAAGGAGGUUGCUCAUCUCUACCCAGAGAGGAACAUCUCUAUAAAAGACAAGGCUCUUAUUCCUUCCUUUGUGAAGAAAUCCUUGACCAGCCUGAAGUGGCUUCUGUUUGCCUCUGACGAACGAGAAGUCAACAUCUCGUUGGGCCUUGAAGCCCCAGAAAAGACAACCACGAAGGCCACCCCUUCAGAAUCAUCCACUUCUGCCUACACCCAGGCAAGAAGAACCAUUCCACCUCCCACCAAGGUGAAGAAAGAAGCCCCUGCUGCUACUAAGAGCAAGCAGGGCAAAAAGAAGUCCCCUGCCAAAGCUCCCCUAAGAAAGGGGGAACGUUCGAGUCAAAGGCUGAAGAGAACCUUCUGCAGCACCAAAAGGCCAGAGGGAGCAUCCUCUAAGAAACCUAUAACCCUCUCUGACAAAGAGGGGAACAGUGAAGACAAUGAGCCUAUCUCAAAAAGGCUGAAGACUGGAGGAACGUCCAAUCCAGCUACUAGGAAAACGUCCCCAAGUAGCUCUGCUACUUCAUCUUCUAUCGUUCCGUCCCCUCCACCAUCAACUGCUCAUUCUUCACCACCACCAGUGACACAGCAACCCUCUCCUAGGCAACAAGAAGGAGAGGGAAUGAAAGAAACAGAUGCAGCACCUGCUGCAGAAGAACAGGUGGCUGAGCAAGAGGCUCAACCACAAAAGAACCUUGAUAAAGGAAAGGGGAUUCUUGUUGAAUCCCCUAAAAUGAAAAAGCCAAUUGUCCCUAGGCAACUCAGUCUGGGAGGGCCCCUCUCUUGCCCCAUCAUCUGUCCCGAUACUUCUGGGGACGAGGCUAUUGUUAGGUCUCUGGCAGAAGAAGAGGGCUUGGAAGUCCCUCUACUGAUGGAGGAACAAACAACAACUGCCCCCUCUUCGUCAAAAAUACAGGAGGUUGCUAUCAGGCAAGCACCUGAAGGACCUCCAGCUUCUGGCAACAUCAACCAGAAGAAGAAGAAGCCAUCUUCCCCCAUUCCAGCAAUCCCCAUUGGUUCAAGAAGAAAAUCCCAGAUAGGGAUUGCUGAACUGUUUGAAAUGAUGGGGAAGAAGAUAGAGAAGUUGCUGCCUGAGACUCCAUCCGUUCCUCAGAUCAACAUGACUGAUACCACUGAAGAGCUGAAGGCUAUUAGGAACGGAAUGGAUCAACUCUCUUCUGCUAUCAACAAAUUCCAGGAACAACAGAGAACAGAAAGAGAGCAGCUUCUUAACACCAUCAAGGACAACAUCAGCAGCAUCAGAGCUGCACCAUCUGCACCAACCUUGCAAGCUGUCAGGGACGAAAUCAAGAAAGUAUCUGAGUCCCUGCAACUUGCUUACUCCCUGCACAACACUAGAGCUGAACUACAGCUUAAGAAACUCCUCAAAAAUUCUGAGGAACGAACAGAAACCAAAGAAGCUCUCAAAGCUUUUGGUAGAUAUUUGGAGGGGAAAAUCACUUAG